AUGAUGAAAGAAGAAUGUUCUAGCUGUAGUACAAGGACAGGUGUAUUAAAAUGUCAAGGAUGUCAAUCUUUAUUUUGUAGUGAUGAUUAUAAUUUACAUCGAAUCGAACUUGAUCGACAGGCCAAUGAGAUUACCAAUGAAUCGAAUACACUUCAGAAAACGUCAAGUGAAACUAGUUCUGGUCUAGAAUCGCUUCUUUUGAAUCAGAUAAAUAAAUGGGAAAUAGAAUCAAUUCAAAAGGUAAAAGAAGCAGCAGAAGAAGCACGUCGACAAGUACAAGCAUUAUGUUUUUCCAUAAGUCAGCAGAAUGUAACAUAUACUCAAGAAAUAGUUCAAGAGUUACUGAAAAGUAAACAGAAUCAUGAUUUCGACGAACGACAUUUAAUGAAAUGGAAGACAAGACUCAAUGAACUUAAGCUAAGUAUUACAAAACCAGAUAUAUCUGUUGAUGAACAAAAAUCCGGGAAUCCUUUCAUUAUGAAGAUUUUUGUCAAUGAAAAAGAUAGAUUUGAACGAACUUGUAGACCUGUACAUAUCGAACAAGAUGGUCAUUUGGCUUGUCACGACUUUAAUUUAUUAGGAAGUUCUGGAGAAAUUCGUGGAACAAAGGAAUAUAGUAUUGGUAUUCACCGAAUUCGAUUCAAAAUUGAGAAGCUUGAUAUACUGCCAUGGUGGUUUUUAGGAAUUACCUCAAAGUCAACUUCUAUGCAACUAGAUUCUCAGAAUUCACCAUCAGCAUAUGGUUGA